UUGGGCGUCAACUUUCAUAACUUCAAAAUGUUACAUCCAAAAGCAAGCAGACCUGAGGGUACAGAACACAGAGCUUGGAUGACCAAUUCUUUCCUGGAAGUUGUUCAUUCUGCAAUUGAGUCCCCCAAUUCAUAAUCACAGGCAAGUUCAUAUUUCAAAACCAAUUUCUCUGUAUUCAAUUUUCAUGUAGAAAUCACUGCUAAAAGCUCACCAACCAAAACCCUGAAAAAUAUGAUAACCCAGAUGAACAAAAGGCUAAUCUCACUCUCAUUCUCUCUGAGAAGCUCGGUCCAGCUUCACAGGCCUCCUCUUUACCACUCAAUAUCUCUCUUGUUUUACUCUUCCUCCGAUCCCAAAAGGUCAAAAUCAAAAUCAAAGCCCAAAGUAGCAGUAGCUGAAUAUCUAAUCAACCAGCACCAGUUUUCCCCAGAAGCCGCUUUAAAAGCCUCAUCAACCAUUGCUUUUCUUCGAAGUACCCCAGAAUCGGAUUCGGUGCUUUCAUUUCUCAAGGAAAGCGGUUUCUCCAAAAUCCAUCUGGAGGAAGUAGUUAAAAGGGUCCCGGGGAUUCUUCGUGCCAAUCUUGACACGGCCAUCAAACCCAAAAUCAAACUUUUGCAAGACUCUGGCUUUUCAGACUCCGACAUCGCCGAUCUUAUAUCCUCAGACCCCUGGAUUUUAAGGCGGAGUGUCGAUAAAGGGCUUGGCCCUGCUAUUUUAGUGUUGAAGAACAUUCUGGGUUCUAAUGCAGAUGUGCUUAAGGUUUUAAAGUUAUCUGCUUGGUAUCUCAAAUAUGACUUGGAGAAGACAUUGAUGCCCAAUAUUGAGGUUUUAAAGAGUUUGGGUAUAACUUCGUCGCAGAUUGUCAAAUACAUUUUUCUUUUUCCGAGAUUCUUUCUGCAUAAGCAGGAGAGCAUUAUGGGUUUUGUUAAAAGGGUUGAUGAAAUGGGUUUUGAUAGGAAGUCCAAGAUGUUCCUAUACGCUAUUCGGAUCAUGAGUUCGAUGACUUUGGAGACCUGGGAACUGAAGGUGAAGCUCUUCCAGAGUUUGGGGUUUUCGGAAAACGAUAUCUUGGUGGUGUUUAGGAGGGCUCCCCAGGUGUUUGCUACGUCUGAGAAGAAGAUUAAGGAGGCAAUAGAAAUGCUGCUUAGCUCUGGCAAGGUUGAUAUCUCAUUUCUAGUUAUUCACCCUGAAUUGCUUAUUUGUAGCGUUGAGCACAGGCUGAAACCACGACUACAAGUUAUAGAGAACCUGGAAAAGAGAAAUCUACUUGGGAAAAUACCUAACUUGAGCACAAUCUGCAAGUAUACCGAACAGAAGUUUGCUGAAAAAUUUGUAGUUCCUUAUGCAAAUGAACUUGACCAAUGAAGAGCCAUCCUAAUGCGAUUUGAAUAUUUUUAGCUGGCACUGGCAUUUGAUGAAUGCUUGUAACUUGCAGGAAGAGUUUAUAUUUUCUUGGGAAGCGCAUGGAAGGAAAGGAUAUAGAAAGGCCAUGAUUGUUUUUGAGGUAUUUUCUUUUGGGCACUCGUGUUUCCUUCUAUUAAUCUUUGUAAGAAAGUUGUAACAGGGCCCGACUGCUUCUCUAGGAAGCGCAUCUGCUUAGUGUUAUUGUGGCUCCAGUUACUAAUUUCUCUAAUCCCUUAAAAAAGAGUGACAGCUAGCUUAUUAGCUCUUCACUAGCUUUGCCCUUGCCUUCCCAUUUCAAUUGUUUCUCAUUUGCCAUUCUGGUUCGCAAGAACUCCAAGUCUUCAAGACCACAACACAAAUUGCUCACAAGAAAGAAAGCUAACAAUGUAAGUUUUUCCUUUGCAAGGAGGGUUUAUAUAAAGCUGUGUAUCUGCAUAUAGAUUUGUACCAAAAUUUUUGUGACAAUUUCAAAAGUGAGUUUUAAUGUA